AUGAUGAGCUGUAAUGGAGGAAAGCAAUGCUCAAAGAUAACUGUUGCUACAGCUACAACUGCUGCUACAUGUGGAAGUCAACCUAUAAGUAUUGCUUAUUUUACUUCCUUUGUGUUCCUUUCUUCUUUUUUGAUGCUAAACUUAUUCGUGGCUGUUAUUAUGGAUAAUUUUGAUUAUUUAACGAGGGAUAGCUCUAUACUUGGACCUCACCAUUUAGAUGAAUUUAUACGUGUGUGGGCUGAUUUUGAUCCUACAGCAACUGGUCGUAUUCAUUAUUCCGAUAUGUAUGAAAUGCUUCGUAAUAUAGCUCCUCCUGUCGGCUUCGGAAGAAAAUGUCCCUAUCGUCUAGCCUACAAACAUCUUAUUCGAAUGAAUAUGCCUGUUGCCGAUGACGGAACAGUUCAUUUUACAACAACAUUGUUUGCCUUAAUUAGGGAAUCUUUAAUCGAGGAAAUGGAUGAGGCUGACGAAGAAUUACGUCAAACUCUUCGCAAAAUUUGGCCUCUAAAAUCAAAGAAAAAUAUGAUUGACCUUGUUGUGCCUCCAAAUGGAGAUUUAUGCUUUCAAAAGCUUACUGUUGGUAAAAUAUAUGCUGGACUUUUAAUUCUUGAAAAUUGGAGGGCACGUAAAUCUGGGGUUGAGUUUGAAAUGAUUAAACGUCGAUAUGCAGCAACUAUGCUGUUGAGACCUGCUCGAGAAAUAACCACAAAAUUUGGGAACCUUUUGGGAGAGGUUUUUAUUUAA